AUGGCCAUGCAAACUCUUCUCUUCGUCGUCUUCUUCAUCGCCCUCCUCGUUCAAGUUUCAGGUGGCCGCUCAACAACAUUCACCUUCAAGAACAGCUGCAGCCAAACGGUGUGGCCCGCCACGCUGACCAACCCCACCGCCCCGGCCCUCUCGAAUACCGGCUUCGAGCUCGCCCCCUCGGCCUCCCUCUCGAUCACCAUCCCGGCCAAGUGGGCAGGCCGCGUGUGGGCCCGGACACUUUGCUCCACCGAUGCCUCGGGAAAAUUCUCAUGCGCCGUCGGCGAUUGCGGCACUGGGCUGGUAUCCUGCCUUGGCUCCGGGGGAGCCCCACCCGCCACUCUCGUUGAGUUCACCCUGCAGGGAGACCAGGGAAACGAUUUCUAUGACAUCAGCUGUGUAGAUGGCUUCAAUUUGCCCGUCUCGGUGGCUCCGCAGGCCGGAGCGAUGGGAUAUUGUAAUGCCAUCGCCUGCUCGGCUAAUAUCAAUGCGUUGUGCCCAUCGGUGCUGCAGGAGAAGGCGCAGGAUGGCAGCGUGGUGGGAUGCAAGAGUGCUUGUUUGGCUUUUAAUACGGAUCAGUACUGCUGCAGGGGAGCCUAUGGGGGUCCAGACGCAUGCAAACCCACGGACUACUCCCAGCUAUUCAAGAAAGCAUGUCCUCAGGCUUAUAGUUAUGCCUACGACGAUCUUACCAGCAUCUUCACUUGUGUGGAGGCUGAUUAUCUCAUUACAUUUUGUCCUUGA